UGACAAAGUGAUCAAAACUAAGGCGUUAAAAAAACACCCAACUGCUAAGAAACUACAUUGCUAUAGCUAACUUUCUAUCAUGUAGAAAGUUCAAGAAAAUUUUCAAGUACGUUUGCUUCCGUUUUUCUGUUUUGUAACUUGGUGAGCCGAAGCUAAGGUGAGGGAACAGCCAAGGUAAUUUGAAAACAUGGAGGUAGGCAGACACACACUCGUCGCGAGGAGUCAACGCUGCGAUCAAAGCUGUAAUUUCUUGUGACAUUCUUGUGGAUUACUGUGGAUGCUGACUGGAGCUGUGCAUUAAAUACCCGGAUACUUUGCCUUGUGUACCAACUUGUGUACACCUGACAGCAGGCUGACAGGUGUGUGCCAGCAUACACCCAUAGGGCCAACUAGCUGCCAUGUCCAUGAUGGAUGGAGCCGAGUCGGUGCGGUCAGUCCGCAGUGAACGUUCUGAACGCUCACACCGCAGCCACUCCAACAGCAACCACCACCAUCACCACCGACCUCUUCCUCACCAGCACCCGCCAACAUCUGCCUACCAGCCCAGUCAGCAUCGGUCAGCACCAGCCACUCGGACUCACAGCAACCGCAGCAGCAGUCGUGACAGGGUUGACAGAGAUAGGGAAAGGGACGACCGCUCAGUCACCAUCAAAACCCCUGCACAGGGUGACUCGGACAUAGAAAGUCGCAACAUGGAGGAAAGAAUAGAAGUCCAGGUCAUCCCACAGGAUGACAACUGGGGUGACAACACAACUGCUAUAACGGGCAACACAAGCGAGACUGGAUUCUCUAUGGAAGACAUGCAGAAGUUUGCUGUGCCUAAAGACUUUUCACAAGGGUUGGGUUUCAAUUGUGUGCGAUUUCUCAGCACAGCUCUGGCUGUGGUACUUUCUCUGACUGCUUUUCUCUCCCCCAUCGCCAUGGUGAUCCUGCCCAAGGUGGAUAUCAUCAAGUGGGACCAGCAACGAAGCACUGCUGGGGAAGACUUAAUGGCCUGCAAACCUGAGUGCGAGGGCCUUCUGAUAUCCUUUGCCUUCAAAUUGCUCAUCCUCAUGCUUGGGACCCUCGCCCUGUUUCGACAGCCCAAGUCCACCAUGCCACGUAUUUUUGUCUUCCGAGCCGUGGUCCUCUUUCUGGUCUUCGUGCUGAUUUUUGCCUUCUGGCUUUUCUACGGUGUUCGCAUUCUGGGCAAGCAAGAGCAGGAGUAUGUCGCCAUCGUGCGCUUUGCUGACAGCUUGCUGGAUGGACUUUUGUUUAUUCAUUACCUGGCCCUUGUCCUGCUGGAGGUGCGGCAGCUGCAGCCGCACUUUGUGAUUCGUGUGGUGCGCUCGCCCGAUGGUGAGACUCGCUGCUACAGCCUAGGACUACUGUCUGUACAGCGAGCAGCUGUGGCUGUUUUGGAGCACUAUUAUCGAGACUUCCCUGCCUACAACCCAUACCUUGCCCACAUCGGACGGCGUCCAGGAAAGCAGCAUAUGACAGGAUUUAAAGUCUACGAUGUUGAUGGGAAUGCUCCAAAUCAGUCGGUCUCACAGGGUAGAUCCCGUGCCAUGUUUGCCGCUGCUGCAAGACACCGAGACAGCAGCCAUAACGACCGUUUCUAUGAUGAACAAGAACACGAAAGACGUGUGCGCAAGCGUCGUGCUAGACUCCUUGUGGCAGCAGAGGAAGCCUUCACGCACAUUAAACGCAUGCAGGAGGAGCAAGGUCCUGCCAUCGCUAUGGACCCUCAAGAGGCAGCCCAGGCAGUCUUCCCCUCCAUGGCCAGAGCGCUACAGAAAUACCUACGUGUCACCAGACAACAGCCACGCUACACCAUGGAUUCUGUGCUGUCACACUUGGCCACUUGCAUAUCACAUGACCUUGCUCCACGUGCAUUCGUUGCUCGCUACCUCGGUCAGGGGCCGGUCAUUCUGAGUGAGCGGGAAGACAACAAAGUUGGGCGCUGGGUUCUGGUGUGUGAGCAGAAUGUGGUGCGGGAACUGGAGUGUGGUAUGGAGUUCCAGCUACGUUCAGGAGAAGUCUCGCUUAUGUGUUUUGUGAAGAAGCUACCUCACUUCAGUCUGACAGAGGAGGUGAUAGACCCAAAGACAAAUAAGUUCGUCCUACGCCUGAACUCCGAGACAUCAGUUUAGGUGCUGGAGGGGGAGUCUAGAUUUUCCAGCACAGUAUCCUGUGGUUGUGAGAAACACUCUGAAAGUAUGUCAUGGUAUGCCCAGGAAGAAACCAGUUAGGUUGUUUUUUUUUGUUUUGUUUUUCUUUUGCCACAUUUGGUCAGCUCAGCUCAACAUUUAAAGUGAAGAAAAAAUAUUUCCAGUUGAAGCAUAGAAGUAGCACAAUGAGGGUGAAUGUGAACUAGCUGCAGAAGACCAAGCAUGUGUGGAUGCGCAUGCACACUACCCCCUCCCAUGCCUUUUAUGCUGCAAUGAGGAAUAGGUCAUGGAGCUUCUGAUUAGUGUGUGUGCGCAUGGGCAUGUUUGAGAGUCACAUGAUUUGGUUUAUACAUUGAGCCAUCUUUCAGAUACAAUGUAUAUGGUGAAUUAGUCUCCAUGUACUUACUGGCCUUAUUGACCAUACAGUCUCCAUGGCAACAUGGUGCUGCUUUAGCCAUGCCACCAGUGAUGUAUUCUGUUGGUAGCCUCUGGAUGCUACCUGGGGAAGUUCACCCUGAUAGCCAUACUGCUUUGUGUAACAGGACAGCUGAUAACCAGGCACAAAAACCAUGUACUCAAAAACCAUUCUUCCAACUGAGGCAAAUUCUCUGUGCAUGAAAGAGGACAAACACCUUUUCAAAUUUAGUUCAUCUGGAUAAAGCAGCCGAGUUCGUCUCAUGAUGCUCUUUCUGAGGGAUGCGUCCCUUAACAACAGAUGUGUCUCCAGAGUGGAGGUGUUCAAGACUUGGUUGUGUGAUUUGUAUCAUGGUUGUCAUGUAUCAGUAUGAGAUCGUGUUUAUCAUUCUCAUUUAUCAUUUUUCGCAUGUAUGGAUCUCUUAUCAGGUGUUGUGGAUUUUUAAAGUGCCGCGAUCCUUUUCUAUGGCCCUUCAAUUUUAAAAAAAAAAAAACAUACCAAGUGACAGGUGUAUGUUAAUAAUUCUAAACUGGGGUUCUCGGAGUACUUCGGACCGCGGACCGUUUUACUAAAGUGAAAAGAACGGUGGCCCACCAAGGCCUAAAAUCACUCUGUACUGUGAAUUUCAAAUCUAAAUUGCUGCAUUUGUUUCAUUACAAUUCAAAAUACUUUUGUGACAGUAGUAUAGUAACAAGUUUACAUAGAACUACAUACUUCGCAAAAUACACAUAACAAUUAAAAAAUAAGGAAGUGCACUGUAUUACUAAGCAUAAUGGAUGAUGCGGUUAAAUGAUGCCAUGCUUGCACUGUGACAUAUAGACUUAGUUUUAAGCAAGCGUUUUACGUGAAGGAGCAGUUGGGCAUCGAUAAAGUUAAAAUUUACUAAUUAGUAUAUCUGGUGAUUUAAAAAUCACUUUACUGACAAAUAAUGACUGUUAGCUGCAGACCACCUGACGUGCGUGCGACACACUAGUGGUCUGCGGACCACACUUUGAGAACCACUGUCCUAGCCUACAGUUUAUCUCCCAAGGGGUCAGCAUUAAAACACCUGCAUGCAUUGAGCUGGUAAUGAUCUAGAACUGGCUUGAAUAUUGCCCACUUUUUGUGGUCUAUCAUAAACAGUGAUUGUUCUUUUUCCACAUGUGACUGAUGAUGCAGAAGUUUGCAUAUUUAUCUUGUAUAUCUUGCAGGACAGUACAGAGAAGCCAUGUGCAAGGAUGGGAAGGGAGGGGUUGGGACUUUUGAGGCCAGUGUAUUGCGUUUCAUGCAAGCCUAUGAUUCAUACAGUCUCUUUCUGUUAAAGGUUCCGUAGUUCUGAUUGUGAUGGUGGCAUGAAUCACAGUGCAAGUUAAUUU